GAAUUUACCCAUCUCCCCUUUACGCAGCCAAUCCCCAGGAUCCGGUCGUGAGAGAACCGCUUGGUUGGCAGAGUUGCCGCAGCAGUAGAAGUGAAAACAUGGCGUCUCCAUCGCGAAGGUUACAGACCAAGCCUGUAAUAACGUGUUUAAAGAGCGUGCUGCUCAUCUACACCUUUAUCUUCUGGAUCACAGGUGUCAUCCUUCUAACAGUUGGUGUUUGGGGAAAAGUCGGCCUUGAUGUGUAUUUUUCCCUCCUGAACGAGAAUGCCACCAACGUUCCAUACGUUCUCAUUGGCACUGGGGCCGUCAUCAUCCUCCUGGGCACGUUUGGCUGUUUUGCCACAUGCCGAGCAAGUACUUGGAUGCUGAAACUGUAUGCAAUGUUCCUGUCUGUCAUUUUCCUGAUUGAACUGAUAGCAGCCAUUGUGGGUUUGGUUUUCAGGCACGAGAUUAAGAACAGUUUUGAACAAGGUUACUUUGAAGCUCUCCAGCAGUACAAUUCUACAGGAGAUCCCAGGAGCCAAGCUGUGGAUACUAUACAGAGAACAUUGCAGUGCUGUGGUGUUAAAUCAUACACUGACUGGGCUCAAACCCAGUACUUUAAAACACAUGGAAUUCCCCAGAGCUGUUGCAGAGUUCUUGGUAACUGCACGGAGGCAGACAUGAUAGAUAUAGUGAAGGCUGGAGGGAAAGUAUUUAAACAGGGUUGUAUUUCUUUGGUUACUACCGUCAUGGAGUCACGAAUGGGUGUUGUUGCUGGCAUAUCCUUCGGAAUAGCUUGCUUCCAGCUUGUGGGAAUGUUCCUGGCUUGCUGUCUAUCCCGUUAUAUUACAAACAACCAAUAUGAGAUGGUGUAACUAAACCUCUGCGCUGCAGGCAUUAAGAGUGUUUCGAUGUCAGAUUUGAGGGUGCACUGAUUCUUCUUCUGGCUAUGAUGGUGCAGCAAUAAUAGGAUACAUGAAGAGGCUUUCUCACCCUAUAUCGAAAACUAUUUUUCUGUUCCAGCCCCCCCCCCCCCCAAAAAGUCCUAUCCCUGGACAUUUAAGUUAGCUUAUUCAGCACCUAAACCAAUUGGUAUGCAUAAUAUUAUACAAUCUGCCUUUCAGGACCACUGAUUUCUUAGAUUGUAGCAGCCACAUUCCCAUGGUUUGCUAUGGCAUUUUCCAGUUAGACUAACACCCCUUACUCCCUGUUUACCCAUAGUUUUAUGGUUUUACUUGUAUAUGCUGUUUGGUUGUCGGACAGGACAGGAGUUAGUAAGCCAUAUGUCACAGUGACAGGUUUGGGAGGUGAUGGUAGGUAUACAAAAAAUAACUGACACAUCUGUAAACUGUUAGAAUGAUGGAAUUACCUUGCAACACUAAUAUAAAUUGCAAUAGUUUAUUACAGUGAGGAAAUUGAAGCAUUUAAAAAAUGUAAUGCUCCUUUAAGUAACACUAUAGUCACAAGCAAAGAUGUUAUCAGAGCUAAAAGGACCAAGGAUAAACUCCUGACAUCAUAAUGUGUAACUGUCCUAACAGUAGCAGUGUGUCUAUUAAUGGAUAACUUCAGUUCUUCAGUUACCUUUUAUGUGUAUAGCAGUAGGAGUUACACAAUGGCUCAUUCUAGAUUACAUUUGUUGUCAGACUCUUGUUUGAACUGUCAGUGACGCAAGUGUUCACUGUGACUUAUUUUUUUUGUUCAUAAACAAAAACAGAAAGAGCCGUAUCCUAGUCGCACCGUGUGGUGUUAUGUGUUAAAUGUUCCCCCAGCACAGCACAAUGAUAUUGAUGGUGACAGGAACCACUCAGAAUCUCCAUGGCUUUCUGUACCCGCCUCUCACUACCAGUGUCUACCACAGGCAGCGAGUUUCCACAAUUUUAUAUGUUACAGCUAUACUGUAUUUCCAUGAAAAUGAAAAUCUUUCCUAAGCAGAAGAACAUAAGAGAAGCCUUUCUUUAUUUCUCCUGACAACUUCCUUUUGACUACUUGGUGGUCAGACUAGUGGGAAACUGACCAGCAGGUGGUGCUGUUGUAUCAAAAUUCAUUCAUAUUAACAGUAGAUGUAUCCCUUAAUAUCUUGGAAUUAAAAGAAAAUAAAUAAUGAAUGUAAAUUACAUGCUUACAAUAGCCCCCUCAUCAGUUUUACAUUCACUUAUUUUAAAGGUUUACUUCUCCUUUAAGGGCCUUUAAUCAAUUUGGCUUUCACAGAGACCACUGCAGCAGUAACAAAUCACCACAUGUGCUAUGAGCCUCUGAUAGGGCAGAGGCACACAAGGUGAUUUCUGUGGGGGUUUUUUUUUGUUAUCUCAGGAGGUAGCACUAGUUUGCCCAAAUUCCCUCCAAGUGCUUUUAUAUACUGGUUUUUAUCUUAGAAAUGGAGUUUGCCAUGUUUCAAGGCAACAGCGACCUGACCAACUCUUGCACUAAUGUGUUUAGGUGAUUGCCAGAGCAAGCAAUAGCGGGGCCAUUAGUCUCCAUGAGUCUCUAUGAGCUGCAAAACUCAAGGCUACCACAGCUCCUGAGACUUCCAUAGGUGUAAUUUCUCAUAGCUCUUUCUAUUGCUUUUGGGUCCUGACUGUCCAUACGCCCAGAAGAAAAGCUGUCCAUCAAGGGAAGUUCGUCUGUAGUUAUUGGUGCUGCCUGUUAAUUAGGACACAAUGUGAUGCCAUUCAAAGAGAUUUGCUUUAUACUUUGAUGCUAUAUCCAUAUAGGGAUUCCAUAUGAAAUGAACAAGCAUUGUACAUUGACUUCACUGGUUGUGUGUGCUUAGCUUUUGUAGCCCAUCUCUGAUGUGUGAGCAAGGCAUCUACCAGAUAUGAAGCGGUAUAAAUUUUGAAAAAGGGACACUUUAUAAAAUAACCCAAUAUAAGCUAAUGCUAAAUACUUUUUUAUUCUAACAGUUUUUUAAUGUCUGUUCAUUUUUAGCUAGUGCCUUUAUACACUUGACUACCUUAGACUGUACAAUCUGUGGUGGUACAAUCUUCUGCUGGCCAAGGCCAGAACAAGGGAAAGGUUUAUAUGUAUGUGCAAAACAAGGGAGCUUAGCAUUUCUAAAAGCCUAAUUGCAGAGGUUAGGUGAUCAGCUCCUAAUGGUUUAGCAGAAUGUUGCCAACUAAAUAUGAAAUUGUGUCUACAGAUUUCCUUUUGUUUUUUGUGUAUUUUUAUGUGAUGUAUUUUUAUGAUCUUUUGACUAUUUUCUAUUUUACAACGGAGAUAUAUAUAGUGUUUACCUAGUCAAGCAGGAAUGCUUUUCUGACUUGCACGACAAAUGGUUUGUCAGUAUUAUAUGCUGCUUUAAUGUAAUAUUUUCUUAUUUCUAAUAUAACAAUGAACUCUUGUCUUUAUAUACAAUAAACGUGCCUUUUUCUUCUU